AUGUGUGAGCGUGCGAUGGGCAACCAGGGCCAGUAUGUUGCGGCAGGCAAUUUGCUUUGGCUGGACGUGCUCAGAAGUCCUUCGCCAGGGGUUCCACUCAGCUUCCGCACCGUUCAGGAAUUGGCGGACUUCCGGUGGCCUGCGGACCAAGAACCCAGUUUCGCACGCGUGUUACUGCAAGUCGUUGGGCCAGUCCCGGGUCAUGUACCGGCUGUCCCCCAGGCGUUGCAGACGCUGACUCCCGAGGGCUACGUGCAUUCAAUGCUGCAUGCAUGCGCCAGGCAGCUGCCACACCACAAGAAUCGGUGGUCCCUCAUCCUGCGAUCCGUGCCCUUGUGCUUUGUGAAGGAACCCGAAGAUGAGUGGAUCGCAAGCUGGAACAAUCGCAAUGCCAUCGCUCAGGAUUUUGAGUCCUUAGGAAGAACAGCAUUUCAGAUGGCCCAAGAGAUGAAGCUGCUGAAGAAGCGUUUGGAGAAGGAGGCGAACAGAGCAUUGUCAAACACAGGUUUUCAAACGCAAAUCAAGGAGUCGGGCCUCAAGAAAGCAAGCAGCCAAGAUGACCUGUCGACGAAUCUCAUUUGCACCGCACUUGCAGUGGCUGAGAAACUGACAGGCGAGGAAGUGCUGACAACAAUCAGAGAUUUGGAAGACAGGUAUGGCAGAGGCAGUUGCCUGAAUUCCAUGCAGAAGCUGCACGCAUUGGCGACAAAGACAACUCCAGCCAAAAGGAGCUUUAUCUUCCAAGCUCUACGGGACAUGAUUUUCCGCAACAUGCUUGAAAAUGAUGAUGUCAGCAAGUCUUUCCUGGUGGGGGACGGGCACAAUACAUGCGGUUUCAUUGCCCUGACAGAACUGAAGCUGGACUGUUUGGCCCACUUCAAGGCGGUGGUCUUACCCCGAGCCCAGAUCCGUGAACAGGACCGCGUCGUCAUUGGAGAAGCAUUGCUGGACCAUACGACAUAUAACAAAAGAAUGCUGGGUGAUGACGUGGCUUGGCAGGGCAUGCUGCUGGAGUCGAGCAUGCAAGCCCUCAGAUUUUUAGCCCUGAAAGAGAAGUGGGGCCAAAUCGAGCAGCUGAGAACAAACGAGCUUGCAGAGGAGAAGGUCAAGCUGCGGCGCGAAGCCGAGCCCGAGGAAACGCCGGAAGACCCAGACCACGGCACGGCCCUGGCACAAAUGCGGAAGCCAGCAAGCAAUUUCACGGAGGAGAGCGAAGGCUACUGGUUGGCGGUGGCGAAUGAGAUGGUGAGACGUUUUGUCAGUUUCAUGGUUUUACCUGAGACACAAAAUCAAAUGAUGCAGCUUGUAACACAGUCCGUGCUCAAAGACGUGGAGGUGGUGGCAGGCUCUACGUGCUGCUGCUUGUGGAUGGACAUGGACCUCCUGGGUGAGUCGUGCGGUGGUCCACUUGCACAGCGCGGCUUGCGUCGUUCAAAGCCCUUCGAGGUAGGCACGUGGAAGUCGCUUCUUCAUGGAGCCCUCCUCGCACGCGGAGCGCAGCAGAAAAGCGAUCAGGGUGAAGCGCCAGUGCCGUGCGAGACAGACAUGGUGCUCAUCCACUCAGGUGGACGGCCGGACAUUCUAACAUCCGCACGGCAGAUGUUCCGUUUGGAGAAGAGCAAGCAAGUCGUGAACACGGAUGCUUGGGAGAAGAAAAUCGGAGUUGUUUUCAAUGAAGAAGGCAUUCGGCAACGAAAGAAGCGCAUCAAAACCAGCGACGGCUACAGCCAGCAAACGGAUGUGUUUGCGUACACACAGAAGGGGUGUGUGCCAGAAACCUUUCCUGAACGACGCAGGAAGCACUACAGCGGGUAUAACACGGGCGACGUCAUCGGUUGGGUUGACUGCGUUGGAUCAGACGACCUGUGGGUGACCAGCAGGCAGGAAAAGGAACAAAUUCUCGGACAAAGGGGGAUCCUCAAGUUGAGCGACAAGGAGAAGAUUAGCCUUCUGCAAGACACGAAACUGGGCGAGGAGGUGAGCACCGUGGAGUCUGUCUUCCCGUCCGCAAAGUUGCCCACCAAAUUCCAUCUGGAGACACUCUGGUCGUACUGCGUGUCCUGCGCAAUAGAUUUCACACCCGGGCAGGGUGAUUUCCUGCGAGCCUGUGUGGAGUCGAGGACGCCCGUCCUAUGCUUUGGUCUGACAGAGACGCACAACAAGUGUUUGGAAGAGCAUCUGACAAAAUGGGUUGUGAAGUGCAUGGCGACAGAGGGAAGUAGUCUGCACCGCAAAAAUGCCAAGGACGUCCUUGAGAAUCUGAAGAAGCGCCCGCUCCAUGCUGGCGCUGACAAUGGCAAGACCAAUACCGAGGACGAGCCCACAGAGAAGAAGCCCAAAAACGGAGAGCCGAAGACCAAACCGAAGCCAAAGGACUCCAAAAAGAAAGACAAGUCCUCUGAGAGUGUCGAGUCCGCCAAGAAGACUAAGAAAAAGGGCAAGAAGAGCAAGAAAGCUACCAAAAAGAAGAAAGAGGAGAGCUCCUCGUCUUCCAGUGAGGAGCCAUGGUAG